CUGGGAUCGGGGGCCGGGAGGAGUCGCCGCCGGGUCCCUGCGCCGCCGUCGAGCGCAGACCCGGGGGAAGCGGAGAGAGGCGCCGCCCGCCCCGUCCAGCCGCCGCGCGCAGGCACUGCAAAGUCAGCUUUGAUCUGUGAGGUGGGGUCUCCUCAUCCCAACUGCUCAGCCACCACCAGGACCAAACUGGAGACUGUCCCCUCCAACCAUGACCUGCCCCUGAUCUAACCCUUACUCACCUCCUUCCUGUUGCUUAAAAAACCUUCCCACGUUCUCCAGACUCAGCCCUUCCUCUGUGUCCAUCCUCCGUGGGACACCUCCUUUUCCGUAGUCUUCUCCUCAUGGUACCUUCCUUCCUUCCUUAUCUCUUAUUGGGGUCCUAGGAAAUGCCAGCACCCCACCCACCUUGUCUGCUCUUUUCAACACCCCCUAACUGUACUCUGUCAGAUUGCAACUCUCUCCCAUAUAUUUGGUGUGUCUUCUAGUACAUUCAACUCCACUGUUACUUGGCCUGGCCACACUCCCUACAGCCUAUACAAAUAUCUCCCUCUUACACUGUCCACCGACGCCCUCAUCCCUUUAUUAACACUCCCCUCAGCCAAUUUUUGUUACCCCAAUAAUCCCUCACUUAUGCUUUGACUGGAUAUAUAAACAGCCGCUCGACAAAGCCCUUUAUUAAUCCUGCCAUCCCCAAAACCUCCCUCCUGUCAUAAUUCAUCCCUUCCUCCAACUUUCCCCUCUCAAGCUCCACCCUCCCCUGCCUAGCCUGGCCCACGAUUCACGGUUAACCUCAUCUCUUCUCUGUGGACUGUGUCCAACUAUGUUCCCCUGAGCCUCUAAGGAGGGGCUGGGGGCCCGAUGGCCUCCCGCCUCCCAUGGCCCUACAGCCCCCGUGGGCCAGGGGAAGCUCCUCGAAAGCCCCAGGGCCGAGCAUGGGCAACCGCACGUGGGAGGGCUGCCACGUGGACUCACGCGUGGACCACCUCUUCCCACCAUCCCUCUACAUCUUCGUCAUUGGCAUGGGGCUGCCCACCAACUGCCUGGCCCUGUGGGCCGCCUACCGCCAGGUGCGGCAACGCAACGAGCUGGGUGUGUACCUGAUGAACCUGAGCAUCGCUGACCUGCUGUACAUCUGCACGCUGCCGCUGUGGGUCGACUACUUUCUGCACCACGACAACUGGAUCCACGGCCCCGGCUCUUGCAAACUCUUCGGGUUUAUCUUCUAUACCAACAUCUACAUCAGCAUCGCCUUCCUGUGCUGCAUCUCAGUGGAUCGCUACCUGGCUGUCGCCCACCCACUGCGGUUCGCCCGCCUGCGCCGCGUCAAGACGGCUGUGGCUGUGAGCUCUGUGGUCUGGGCCACGGAGCUGGGUGCCAACUCGGCACCCCUGUUCCAUGACGAGCUCUUUCGUGACCGCUACAAUCACACCUUCUGCUUCGAGAAGUUUCCCAUGGAAGGCUGGGUGGCCUGGAUGAACCUCUACCGGGUCUUCGUGGGCUUCCUCUUCCCGUGGGCCCUAAUGCUGCUGUCCUACCGUGGCAUCCUGCGGGCUGUGCGGGGCAGCGUGUCCACGGAGCGCCAGGAGAAGGCCAAGAUCAAGCGGCUGGCUCUCAGCCUCAUCGCCAUUGUACUGGUCUGUUUCGCGCCCUACCACGUGCUCCUGCUCUCACGCAGUGCCGUCUACCUGGGCCGUCCGUGGGACUGUGGCUUUGAGGAACGUGUCUUCUCAGCAUACCAUAGUUCACUGGCCUUCACCAGCCUCAACUGUGUGGCGGACCCCAUCCUCUACUGCCUUGUCAACGAGGGUGCCCGCAGCGAUGUGGCCAAGGCCCUACACAACCUGCUCCGCUUCCUGGCCAGUGACAAGCCACAGGAGAUGGCCAAUGCCUCACUCACCCUGGAGACCCCGCUCACUUCCAAGAGGAACAGCAUGGCCAAGGCCAUGGCAACUGGCUGGGUGGCAGCGUUGCCUUCCCAGGGGGACCAGGUGCAGCUAAAGAUGCUGCCGCCAGCCCAGUGAACCUCUGCAAGCCCCAUCCUGCACAGCCUUCCCUCCUGGUCUGGUGUAUGUAAACUGUAUGUAAAUAAGGCUGUGUUAAUAUAAGAAAAUAGGAAACCAGCAAGGUUGGUGUGUUACUGGUCAACCAUUAUCCUCCAACAUAACCCCCUAGCAAUUCAGCUGAACUGUGCCUAGCCUACUGACAAGAGGGUGACAAAUGACAGCCUGACGCUACCCUCACACGGUCCCACUCCAAUGGGAGAGGCAGACCUGUCCCUGGAUAGUGAUGACCCAGUCUGGGCAGGGUUCGAACAGGGAAGCUUACAGGGCAUCUGACCCAGUCUGGGGGCCAGGGCUUCC